GGCCUUCGGCGGUGAAAUGGCGCCUGCGCGGCGCGUCACUUCCUCUCCCGGCUGAGGACUGGCGGCGGGCGUCAUGGCCAAGCGAACCAAGAAGGUCGGGAUCGUGGGGAAGUACGGGACCCGCUAUGGCGCGUCCCUCAGGAAGAUGGUGAAGAAGAUCGAGAUCAGCCAGCACGCCAAGUAUACCUGCUCCUUCUGCGGCAAGACCAAGAUGAAGAGGCGAGCAGUGGGCAUCUGGCACUGCGGGUCCUGUAUGAAGACGGUCGCUGGCGGGGCCUGGACCUACAACACCACCUCUGCCGUCACCGUCAAGUCGGCCAUCCGGCGACUGAAGGAGUUGAAAGACCAGUAGACGAUUCUAAUAAAAGGGCCGGAUCGCC